GAUAGGUCAUCAGCUGAGAGCCUGUACCGCCGCCAUAUUAUCUCAGUUACUGAACGAAGAGGGUUGCUUUCAACCGAAAUUCCAACAUGCAGGGCCUCACACUCGCUAGUUUGAAGAAGCACCCCGCUUUGAUCCCCCUGUAUGUGUGUCUGGGAGCUGGGGUGGCUGGUGCAACCUUCUACACCCUGCGAUUGGCCUUCAGGAACCCUGAUGUGAGUUGGAACCGCACUGGUAACCCAGAACCCCAGCAGGAGUGGGCUAACAAGCAGUACAAGUUCUGGUCCCCUGUCCGAGACUACUCAACCUACAGGGCACCCGUCCCCAAGUACUCCGAGUAAUUUAACACCAUGAAACCACCACCGAAUCGAGAUCCCCUCUUUCAUUUACCAAUAGGGAUGAUACACUGUUGGUAAGGGGGGGAGAGGUCACGAUACUUAUGGGUUUGGUAAUGAUUGAAGGGAGAAAGAAAUUGAAGGCAAUGUGAGAUUUCAUUGGACUAAUCUGCUGCAGACUGGUGAAAAUUUUAAAUUUAAAAUUUUUACUGCUUAGGAUUUUACUGUACAGUUUUGGUUAAUAUUGUCCUCAAUUAUUUGAGAUCCAAAUAUUAAUUCUCUCUCUACUUGUUACCAUAGCCAUAAGUGUUCCUUUUGGUAGUUUCAGUUUGAAAUAUUGCCAUUGCAAUGCUGCUAUGACAGAGGACAAUAAUAAACCUUCUGUAUUACUGCACUGUGACCAGACAAUAAUUAGUUGCUUUUUUUUAUUUUGUCAUUCAAAUGUAAGUCAAACACUUGAAAGUGGAAAGAGUCGGGGAUGAUAAUAUCUUUUAAAUGUUAGUGUUCUUUAAAAUAAUUUGUACAGUUUACUGUGUAUAAAGACCACAUUCAGAUGUACCAUAUAUAAUAAAUUGGUUUACUAUA